CCCAGGCAUAUAUUUUUUCGUGAGAAAAUAAUUUUUUUCGGUUAGCCUGCACGCACAGCCUCCCCUAGGAAGAAACUUGGAGAGGAGGCUAAGUUUUGGUCAAAAGCACUCGUCUAAUUUGGACGACUUGCGGACCCCCAAGGCCAAGGGAAACUUGGGCUCGAGUUUGAUACCAAUUAGCUUUUGUGCCUUGCGUUCAUUUUCUAUCUCUAUAACACAGCUGGAUUUGCCUUUUUUCGUUCGUUAUCGACCAUUGUUUAAUGUAUUCACCUUCAAACAAUAGUCUAGGAGAAAUGUAUUAUCAAACUAAUUGCAAUAUAAUGAGAUUGGUUGUUCGGAAGCGACCAAUUGUUCUUAGUUAUUAUGCGGGAAAGUUAUUGAGUCAUCGAGUGUUUUUAUUAUGCAAAAGAGAUACUUUGUCGCUUAGGUGUUCCAUUUACCACAAGGAAAGUUAUUUCAAGAGAAAAAGCAUCAGCUUUAAGGUGAGUUGUUAUAAAUACGGUGUAUAGAACAUGAUGUACAACAUAUUUCACGACUUAAUUAGAUUUUUUAGGAGCAUGCCUUCUGCUUUCAAUUCAAGGGUUGAUUUUAAUUUGAAGAGUAUGUUAACCAACUCAAAUAUCUCGGAAAGCUUUGAAAAGUCAGUGUUUGAAAUUCGUUAAAGAUUUGAGGUCAAUGACAGUCAGUAAAAGUUAGCAGAGUUUCAGUCUCCAAAAAAUGAUUCCUACAUAUUUUGUGUUGAUUAACUUUCACAAAAGCUUUACCGGUGAACUUAAAAUUUCCAAUCUGUGUCGCUUUGCUCCUCAUUUAGCUUUGGUUGACUUAUUGUCAUUGUUUGUGAAGGAAUGCUCAAAUAAAGCAUUAAGAAUCUUAACUGCUUGUCUUGUGAAAUUAUUUAGAGAUGUCCUUUCGCGUUCUUAAGAAAUGCCUGAGGAUAAUACUGCUUCCUCCAUACAAGCAUUUUCUUUUUAUUUUCGAUAACAGACAGAUGGGAUUGAAUAUCAUAACAAAUCCUUCGGCAGUGAAAAGACUUUCGUACCUUAUGCGGAUCUUUUUACUAAUAACAGAUACAGAAUACAAGACAAAGAUCGUCAUUUUAUGUUAAUUGAACAAAUUAAGGAAUUUUUUGUUUAGCAGUAAGAUAAUUAUGAUAAACAAUAUAAUAGCCUCAUGUUCAAUAUAUUAUAUGUAUUACGUUGUCGUGAUGAGUUUCACUCUUCAAGCUAUAAGUGCUUGUGAGGUCCUUUUGAAAUGGUUGUAGAAUAUGCUAGGAAUUUGUCAUACAUGCCACAAUGUAAAAUGGCACACUCACAAAACUUGUCGUGAUGGUCACGAGGAAGUGUGGCCAAUAUUUUUACAUCAACAUUGAAUGUGGAAUGAAUUUAAAAUUACUGAGCAGUAAAGUUAUUUUUCCUGUUAGAGUGGUUGUAUCAGUUUUGUUAUUACUAUUAAUAGUAGUAAUGGAUUACCAUGGUUAAUGAUUCUUAUGCUUAUUUUGUUGGUUUUGGUCAGAUCUGCAUCAUAUAAAGGAUGAAUAAUUUGAGUUCAGGUAACAGGAAAGCCUCAUUGAAUCUGGGGCAGACAAAUGCCAAGUGUGCAAGAUGUGGAAAGACUGUGUACUUUGCUGAACAAGUUUUUGGUUGUGGAAAGAAAUGGCACAAACAGUGUUUUAAGUGUGUGGCUUGUAGCAAAACUGUAAACAGUUCAACCAUGCGAGAUAAAGAUGGUAAGAGUGUGCCUCAUGUUUGAAAUUGUCACUAUCUUGGGUUAAUUUUCUUCUGCACCAUCACUAUCUUGGGUUAAUUUCCUUCUCCAUCAGUAGGCUGCAAAGAACCUAAAUUUUGAGUUGUGUUGCAUCUUCCUUUGCUCUUUAGUUCCUCUGUUUUUGCCCAGGCGUUACCUUUCAACAAUGGACAAAUAUUGUGUUGAAAACUCAAGUCUACUCCCUGUAGUUAAAGUUUCCUUGAAUUAUAUUACCUCUCCUGUUUUGGAAAGGUUUUUAUCAAUUACUGAGACUUUUAUUAAUUGUAUGUAUCCUUAUAAAUGUAUACAGUUUGGCUCUGAAUCAUAAAAUUAUUCUUCUAUCCAGAGCAUUCUCUUAAAAGAAAGUAUUUUCAAAGAAAGACAAAAAUAGUUCUGUGGGGAACCUGAUUGUCUUGUUUUUUUUUUGUUUUUUUUUGUUUUUUUUAGCAGAGUGCUAUUUUCACAAUACCCCUUUCCAUCCAAGGGUAUAAAAGUGAGCCGUGAAACUGUCAGAAAACCAAGUAUUAUUAGCAGUUUUUAUUUGAUAGAGUGAUACCCACACAGAUGGGGUACAAAUACAUUCAUAUGCUUCAUGUUGUAGAAACUAGGAUUACCUUCAGCAGGUAAUGAGCUAAUACCAAGAUUUAAUGCUAAUAUAUAUUUGAUGUUUACAGGUGAGCUGUACUGUGCCAGUUGUCACACCAGGUUGUUUGGUCCAAAGGGUUAUGGUUAUGGCGUUGGCAGUGGUGUGCUUAGUACUGACACUGGCAAGGCAGGGGAGACUGUUUCUACAGCUCCAAAAACUGCCCCCAUCAAUUCUGGUCUGUUGGGACAAGGGAAACUUUGUCCAAGAUGCAGUCAAGUUGUGUAUGAUGCUGAAAAGGUUAGGGCAGUUGGAAAGGUAAGUGCUAUGAGAGGCUGAGUCUCAGUACAGUAUGGCACUCAAUUCUGACUUUUGUAUAGAGCAUCUUCUUUAAAUCGUGAUAUCUUGCCUCUUAUCACCUGUUUGUUUGUCAAUGUCUGAAAAUAGUGUAGAAUUAAAUUGCUGGUCCCAAGUACGGGGAUUGAUCAAUAAUCUAAUGUGACUGCUGAUAUUUAAAUUUUCUUGUAGUUCCUCCUAUAUACCACAGUAAUUGAGAAUUUUUUUCUUUCUGAAUAGUACAUAAAAAGUGUGUUAUCUUCAUUAAUUUUCUAAACAUCUUGUAUACAGGUUUUUCACAAGUUAUGUUUCAAGUGUGUAACAUGUAGCAAGGGUCUGACCCCAACAACCAUGAGAGACCAUGAGGAAGAAAUCUACUGCAGAGGUAUAAUGGCAUAUCAUUCUGCCAAUACUUAUCUUCAAUUUCUUAACUAAAGUUAAGUAGCUGCCAGCAAGAGUUGAUGUAAGACAGGAUUUUGAUGUCAGUUUGUUUGGCAUAAAUGGCUAGGAUGUAUGUUGGUCCAUUGUAGGUUAGUUCCCCACCUCUUAGCAGUUGAUAAGGUUUUCAUGUUGGUUAAUGCUGGUGUCUAGCAAUAUUCCUACGUGAAGAGAGGCACUGUGAGAGUAAACUUCCCUGCUACUACAAAAUGCCUUAAUAUUGGGCUUAGACCCUCUUUAUCUGGAGUUCACUAUGCUAACACAUCUCCCCACAAUGUUCGUAUUUAUUGGUGGACAGAUUUGACUGACAUUCUAUUUGUUUGGUACUUUCAUUUUUUAGCCUGCUAUGAAAAGAACUUUGCCCCAAAAGGAUUUGGAUUUGGUUCAGCUCUAAUGAGGACAUGAAUAUCACCUAAAAAAUACCAAAAACACUAUUUAUCCUCUGUUUAAAUGUCACAGGGUAAAAUGAGUUACCACUUACAGCACUGACAUUCCCACUAAUUCUAUUUUUUAAGUUUUCUUAAAUUUUUUUUAACCUGAAUGGCAAUUAUUUUUCUGAGAUGAUACUGUUAACUGUGUUUUGGAGAAUAAGGUUUCCUAUAUCAGGACUGUAAUAUAUUUUUCUCAUAUAGUUUUGUUAGCUUUGCUUUUAUACUAAACUUCUGAGCCAUCUUUUAAUAGUCUUUAUGAAAAAGGGAUCAAAGUUGAAAAUUUUAACAGAGAAUGCAUUGUCAACAAAAGCCUUGCAGAUAAUGGAGAGGUCUGCAAGGUUGAUAGAAAGGUGAUUCGAAGAUUGAAUUGGGGGUAGUUUUUAAUGUAGUGUAAUCAAGGGGUGCUACUUAAAACUAUUUUUCUAUCACUCCCUGGAAAAUUUACCCAUUAUUUAAACAGUUUAUGUCAUAGCUAUGUCUGGGCUUUUUCCAGUUUAUAGAAUAAUAUAUUUGUCAACAGUUUCCAAAAAUAGUUUUGCUGAUCACUUAGUGUUCUACUAGACUUCUCUAAUGCAUCAUGAUGUCAGUGAGAAAGGGACGUUUUUUUUGUAAUAAAAUUCAUGAUAAUCUUUUCAGUUACUACUUAAUAGUUAUUGGUGCCAUGGUAUGUCUGGUGCCUAUCUAAGUAACUUCAAGGCUUGGGGUAGUUUUUUUAAUACGCUUCAAACAGAUGCGUUUCUAUUGAAUUACUACAAUAAAUGCAAUACAUCAUUUGCUUUCAUUUUUUUUGUGCGUAGGUCCCAAAAGGUACCUAAACAUGGUACAAUGUAAUUUGGUUACACACUUCAGACUGUCUUUAAAAAAACUGAAAUACUGAAGGUGCAGGUCAAACACCAUGAUUUGCAGUAUGCCAAUUUACUGUGUGACAUCUUGUCAUUGGUGG